AUGGCUCUCUGCUUCACUCCUCAAAAUCAUAUGAUGCGUGUGGUAGCCAUAGCAGUGCUGCACCUGCUACAGCUCAUGGCUGUCACACCAGUGCUCCACGCAGCCACCAACAUAGCAUUGCCUGGUUGCAUUAGCAAGUGCGGCGAGGUCAGUGUACCUUACCCGUUCGGUAUUGGCACUGGUUGCUACCCUGAGGUGCUCGACAUAUCUCUGCAUGAUGGGAAGCUGUACAUUAAUAAUGGUGUCGUCAGUGUGACAGGGAGCAAUAGGUACAGCAUGUCAUGGGAGAUCCCUCUUCACAACACCAUCUUCACGGUGUCCUCGGUGUGGAACAACUUCGUCGUCAUGGGGUGUGGGUUGCCGGAUGCAGAAAGUACAGUUGUUAGGUGUUCUUCGUCGUGCCUCAGUGAGCAUCCUGCAGUAGCCACUGAUGGUUCGUGCUCUGGGGUUGGCUGCUGUGAGGCAUCCAUGCCAGGAGCAGGCAGUUUAUAUUCCAUCGAGCUUGCCUCUUUCCAAGCAAGAAACCACAUGAUCAUGGAAGAGCAACCAUUCAAUGCUACUGUGGUCUUAGUGGAGAAACAAUGGUGGGACAAGAACGACCACUCUGUGUUGUUACAGAAGGCGGUCUUAGAUGGCUCCGCCCAGUCAAUGCAGAUAAAGACUGCUGUCAAGUGGAGUUUCAGCAACCUGUCUUGUUCAGAUGCUCAGAGUUCAAGUGAUUAUGGUUGCCGCAGCUACAAUAGUUACUGCCAUGAUCACUGGACUGGCGAAUCAUAUGGGUCCUUUUGCCGUUGCAACUAUGGAUAUGAGGGCAACCCUUACAUAGUAAAUGGAUGCCAAGUGUGCUUCACAUCUGUGGUUUGUAUUGCAACAGAUAUUGAUGAGUGCGCACACCCAGAUAUAUACCAAUGCUUUGGUCAGUGUAUUAACACGGAAGGAUCUUAUGAUUGCGUUUGUCCAAUUAGCACCUCUGGCAACCCCCAGAAACCACAUGGAUGCAUCCAAGACACAGAAAAUUUUUCAGGAUUAGCUGUUGCUGCAGGAGUUCUCAGUUGUGGAGGCCUUGUGCUUCUUAUUUUCUCUGCAAUUCUCUUGAGGCGAAAGAUAAGAGCCCGAAAAGCAAAGCAUUUGAGAACUUUUUUCUUCAGGAAAAACCGUGGAUUGUUGUUGCAACAAUUAGUAGACAAGGACAUUGGUGAAAGAAUUAUCUUCAGCUUGAAAGACCUUGAAAAGGCAACAGAUACAUUCGAUGAGGAUCGGAAGAUCGGCAAAGGAGGCCAUGGUACGGUAUAUAAAGGCAUUUUGUCUGACCAAUGUGUUGUUGCCAUUAAGAAGUCAAGACAAGCAAUCCAGAGUGAAACUGACAAUUUCAUAAAUGAGGUCGCCAUUCUUUCUCAAGUAAACCACAGGAAUGUGGUAAAGCUCUUUCGAUGCUGUCCGGAGACAGAAGUUCCAUUGUUAGUCUAUGAGUUCAUCUCAAAUGGAACGCUUUAUGAGCAUCUUCAUGUCAAUUCUUCACAAUCAUUACCGUGGAGAGAACGAGUGAGAAUUGCCAUUGAAGUUGCGAGAUCUCUUGCCUAUCUGCACUCUGCUGCUUCGUUAUCAAUAAUUCAUAGAGAUAUCAAGGCAUCCAACAUUCUGCUUGAUGAUAAUCUAACAACGAAGGUGUCAGAUUUUGGAGCUUCUCGAGGCAUCCCGAUUGAUGAGACUAGAAUAACCACUGCCAUUCAGGGAACUUUCGUAUAUAUGGAUCCAGAGUGCUACAAAACGAGACAGCUCACUGAGAAGAGCGAUGUGUACAGCUUUGGUGUCAUACUUGUGGAGCUUUUAACAAGGAAGAAACCGCAUAUUUAUGUGUCAGCGGCAGGUGACAGUCUAGUGGAACAGUUUUUAUUGCUAUGGAAGCAAGACAAGGGACUUCCUGCGUUGCGGGGAGAGCUGAGCUGA